CCCGGAGAGGGGACAAGGGAAAACGGAAGGACCGGGCGAGCCCGGCGGCCGAGUGCUGAGCGGCUCCCCUUCGCGCGGCGGCCGGAUCCGCUGAGUCUCGGAGGUCCCAGCCUCGCCGGCGCCAUGGAGACGCGGCUGCUGUGGUUCUGCAACUGGAGCGUGCUGGGCGUGUGCGCGACGCUCAAGCUGCCACAGAUCUUCGCCGUGCUGGGGGCGCGCAGCGCGCGGGGCAUCAGCCUCCCGAGCCUACUUCUGGAGCUGGCUGGGUUCCUGGUCUUUCUCCGGUACCAGUGUUACUACGAGUACCCGCUGCUGACCUACCUGGAGUACCCCAUCCUCAUCGCACAAGAUCUCAUCCUCCUGCUGUGUGUCUUCCAUUUCAAGGGAGAUGUGAAACGGGCAGCACCAUACAUCGUCCUCUGUGUGUCUGCUUGGUUCCUCCUCACCCUGCAGAAGUGGAUCAUAGAUCUGACCAUGAAUUUAUGUACUUUCAUCAGUGCAGCCAGCAAGUUUGCACAGCUCCAGUACCUGUGGGAAAGCAGGGACUCGGGAGCCCUGAGUGCGCUCACAUGGAGCCUUGCUUCAUAUACCUGUGCGGCAAGAGUAAUGACAACUUUAAUGACCACCAGUGACCUUACAAUUCUUAUACGUUUUGUGAUCAUGCUGGCCUUAAAUACAUGGGUAGCAGCUACAAUACUUCACUACCGGAAGACCGAUGUGAAGUCUGAAUGACGGAUAUAUUAUCCCCACACACAGAGUGGAUUUUGAAUAACUGAACCAGAGGGGAAAAAAGCUCAUUGCUAAACCAGGUCUUUUAUAAAUUUAGCCAACGAUGCCAAAGGUACUUUAGACUUGGAAGAGCCCGCUUAAACGGUUGUUUAAAAACAUCGAUUUUUAAAAUCCCCACUUCAUUAGGUUAAGGUAGGGCUCAGACGUCUGCAGUUCUGAGAAGGCUGGUGAUUGAUGGAAGCCUCCCAAGAAGCCCAUUUUGAGGGGACAGCGUUGACCCUUAUUCUGAAAGUCAUGAUUAAGUUCCCUCCGAAGAGCUAACUACAUCUACUUCUCAGCUUUCACAACCUUUUAAAAAAUAAAUCCUCUCGACAACACAGACAAACCUGAAUGGAGUGGGAUUUUGCUCAAGUGGAAGUGUACUAAAUUACCAGAGCUCACUUUCUGGGACUAAUGUUUAAUUGUAAUAUAGACCUAACAGGAUGGCCUUAUUGUAUCAUAUGACCGUAUAAUACCUCCUUAGGUUAAAGCAAGGAUAUGAAGGCAAGCAAAAAUUUAACUGGCUUGAAUUCAUAUACCAAAGUAAUCCUUUAACUUCAUACUGUGCCUUCAAAACAACAAAAGGUACCUGCAGUCUCUCCUCACGAAGAGGCAAUCCCAAUAUACUUUCUGAUUCAAGCACAAUGCUGCCGUGUUUAAAAGGAUCACACCUACACAAUACCAUUACUGGAAUUUGGUACAAAAUACAGCUGACCUCGACCAGGUUUUGCCUAUUGAAAGUAUAUGCAGUGCAGGGUAUUGCUGGGGUCUACCAAUCCAUUCUUAUGGAUUUUAUUCUCAUUAUAGUAUCAUACUCUGAACAUGAUGUUAAGAUUACUGUACACUGUUUUCCUGUAAAAGCUUAUCAACUCUAACAUUUUAAGAACUCUUUCCCCUAAUAAUUGAAUGGCAUCAUUCUAUUAUAUGCAGUAAGUAAAUGAUGCUUACUAGAAAAUGUUUGUUUCCUAUGUAAAAUAAACUUAAUUUUGAACUCUUCUGAGUCUUAAAA